GUGUUUCUGAGGAGGAGACCUUCCACAGCUGGGUUGUCUGAGACUGAGGUGGCUGUCAGCUGCUCGUGGAGAGUAAGGAUGUCAAUGAACAAGGGCCCAACCCUGCUGGAUGGAGACCUCCCUGAGCAGGAGAAUGUGCUCCAGAGAGUCCUUCAGCUGCCUGUGGUGAGUGGGACCUGUGAGUGCUUCCAGAAGACCUACAACAGCACCAAAGAAGCCCACCCCCUGGUGGCCUCUGUGUGCAAUGCUUAUGAGAAAGGUGUACAGGGUGCCAGCAACCUGGCUGCCUGGAGCAUGGAGCCGGUGGUCCGCCGACUGUCCACGCAGUUCACAGCUGCCAAUGAGUUGGCCUGCAGAGGCCUGGACCACCUGGAGGAAAAGAUCCCAGCGCUUCAAUACCCUCCAGAAAAGAUUGCCUCUGAACUGAAGGGCACCAUCUCUACCCGCCUUCGAAGCGCCAGGAACAGCAUCAGUGUGCCCAUUGCAAGCACUUCUGACAAGGUUCUGGGGGCCACUCUGGCUGGCUGCGAGCUUGCCUUGGGGAUAGCCAAAGAGACAGCGGAAUAUGCUGCCAACACCCGAGUCGGCCGAUUGGCCUCUGGAGGGGCUGAUCUGGCUCUGGGAAGCAUCGAGAAGGUGGUAGAGUUCCUCCUGCCACCAGACAAGGCGGAGUCAGCCUCUUCUUCUGGAAGGCAGAAGACCCAGAAGGCUCCCAAGGCCAAGCCAAGCCUCGUGAGGAGGGUCAGCACCCUGGCCAACACUCUUUCUCGACACACCAUGCAGACCACAGCAUGGGCCCUGAAGCAGGGCCACUCUCUGGCCAUGUGGAUCCCGGGUGUGGCACCCCUGAGCAGCCUGGCCCAGUGGGGUGCAUCAGCAGCCAUGCAGGUGGUGUCCCGGCGGCGGCAAAGUGAGGUGAGGGUGCCCUGGCUGCACAAGCUGGCAGCCUCCCAGGAUGAGAACCAUGAUGACCAGACGGACACAGAGGGGGAGGAGACAGACGAGGAGGAGGAAGAAGAGGAAUCAGAAGCCGAGGAGAACGUGCUUGGAGAGGUAACAGCCCUGCCCAACCCGAGAGGCCUCCUGGGUGGUGUGGUACACACCAUGCAGAAGACUCUCCGGAACACCAUCUCAGCAGUGACAUGGGCACCUGCGGCUGUGCUGGGCACGGUGGGAAGGAUCCUGCACCUCACACCAGCCCAGACUGUCUCCUCCACCAAAGGGAGGGCCAUGUCCCUAUCCGAUGCCUUGAAGGGUGUUACAGAUAACGUGGUAGACACUGUGGUACACUAUGUGCCGCUUCCCAGGCUGUCCUUGAUGGAGCCCGAGAGUGAAUUCCGAGACAUCGACAACCCUCCAGCAGAGGCGGAGCGCAAAGGGUCGGGGGCGCGGCCCGCCAGCCCGGAGUCCACGCCACGCCCGGGCCAGCCCCGAGGCAGCUUGCGCAGCGUGCGGGGUCUCAGCGCACCCUCCUGCCCGGGCCUGGACGACAAAACCGAGACGUCAGCGCGUCCCGGCUUCCUGGCUAUGCCCAGGGAAAAGCCUGCGCGCAGGGUCAGCGACAGCUUCUUCCGGCCCAGCGUCAUGGAGCCCAUCCUGGGCCGCGCGCAGUACAACCAGCUGCGCAAGAAGAGUUGAGCAGUCUGAGCCUCUGCUCGCCCCGGCGCCACCCCACAGGAAGGUCGCUUCUGCCCAAGGGUGGCCUCUUAGGAGCCCGAGCCACAACCCCACGAUGCUCUCUCGAGGAACGCAUCAUUUCUAAAGCAUCCUUUGGGGGCUUGACCAUCAGAGCCAAUAUUUAAGGGGCACCAGAGCAGCGGCCGACUCUCUUCUCUCUCGUGGGCAGAAUCUCUUAAGGCUUUUUUAUUUUUUUUUAAACUAUAAAAGCAAUUGCUU